AUGAAAUGUAGAAAAGAAUCAACUAGUACGGUACCGCCAACUAUACCUGUGGAAUCAACGACGACAAAUGAGGUGCUACCGUUUCAGUGCUCACAUCAUACUGUCAUAGAUGAUCCAACACGUCAUAUUCUGUAUAAUGCAACUCGAACUUGUGACGACGAGAAUCUCGGUUGGGUUCGAUUCAUUGAUGGAGCAAAUAAUGAACGCUCAAUGAUAAUUCCAACUGAACAACCGCCUUAUUUAGAACAUUGUGGUGCAGUCGUUCCUGGGUGGUUAAAAAAUUUUACGUAUCCAACAACAAUUGGAACAACAGUUCAAGCUUCAGUUUGUUUUGAUUUUGUAAUAACAGGUUCAACAGAAAGAUUAUGUUUGUACACAAAUGAUAUACAAAUUACCAAUUGUGGUCAUGAUUUUUUUGUGUUCAAUUUACCAGCUGCACCUCGAUGCAAUCUUCGCUAUUGCACUAUUUGA